GAUAACCGGUACCACUUCAUUAAAGACGAAUGUGACUGUCGAUCGCGCACAUUCGCAAUGUUGAUGUGAAAUUGCUCUGACCGUUUUAACAAUUUGAUUGAAUAAAUUUAUUUAAAAAAAAUUACUUUGGCCCAGUCCCAAUUUACAUAGUUAUUAGUUUCGCCUCUACAAAAGUGUGAUUCAAUUGAUAGAGGGUGAAUAAUGUAACUGCCGUUUAUGAUACAGUGAUUGUGCAUUGGUAAUUGUUAGAAAUUGUGAUUGUCUUCCAGCAAAUGCAAAUAUGAAAUCGAGUCUAGUGCUUAUUUUAUGUAUCUCCAGUGCGAUUGUUAUUCACGCCUCACCCUGUCGCCAGAAACGAUUUCCCAAAGGCAUAGUAUGUGUCUGCACCGAAGAAUACUGCGAUACUCUGGAAAAUGUGGAUCCAAAAGAAACGGAUGACAUCGUUUUGGUGUCUACAAGUUUGGGAGGCUUGCGAUUCGAAGUUACUCACAGUAAACUUCAGUCUAGAAACCGAUUUAUAAAAAAUUCGUCGAAGUAUGGAAUAAAUAUCAUAGUUCCACAAGUCUUAUCCAAUCAAGGAUCGGCCGAGAAUUUUCUAAGAUUUCUCACCAUUAGCUCCGAUAUCACAGUGAAUCGAAACAACACUUAUCAGACAAAUCUUGGAUUUGGAGGUGCAUUUACCGGAACUGUGUCACAUAUCGUCGAUAUGCUACCAAAAUCUUUACAGAAUCACAUUUACAAAGCAUAUUUUUCGAAAACUGAAGGAAUUGGAUAUAAUAUGAUGAGAAUUCCAAUCGGCGGUUCUGAUUUUGAUCUGGCGCCAUGGGCAUACAAUGAGCUACCGACUCACGAUACAAAUUUAUCCAAUUUCCAAAAACUAGACGAUCGAGAUUUGAAGCGGAUAUCUCAACUGAACGAUUUAAAAAUUGCAUCUGCUAAUGACAACAUCAAAUAUAUUGGUGCGGCAUGGAGUCCUCCACCAUGGAUGAAAACGAAUAAUGACUGGACCGGUUUCGGUGCAUUAAGAUCAGAAUAUUACGCUACAUGGGCACAGUACCAUUUAAAAUACUUAGAACUGAUGGCCGAAAAAGGAAUUAACUUUUGGGCCUUUUCUACAGGAAAUGAACCUUUGAACGGAAUAAUUGGUUGGGUGUUCGUACACUUUAUGAGCUUAGGCUGGACGGCUGGUACUCAAGGGCAAUGGGUGGGAGAUCAUCUUGGGCCGCUACUUCGGAAUUCACCAUUUAGAAAUGUGAAACUGCUUGGAGGAGACGAUCAGCGAUAUGUGAUGCCAGUGUGGUAUGAAGAGAUGCAAGGUGCUCAUUCAGAGGCUAUCAAAUACCUGGAUGGCUUUGCGGUACAUUGGUAUUGGGAUAACAUUGCUCCUCCGUCUUUGUUAGAUAAAACUCACAGACUAUUUCCCGACAAAUUUAUUUUAAACACCGAGUCGUGCUUAGGUGACAAACCAUUGACUGUUCAUGGACCUAUACUCGGCUCAUGGGAGAGAGCAGAACAAUACGCCAGAUCAUAUAUUGAGGAUUUAACACAUUGGGUGGGUGGCUGGGUCGAUUGGAAUAUUGUUCUCGAUGAAACUGGUGGACCAAAUUAUGUAAACAAUACAGUAGAAGCUCCGGUUAUCGUCAAUACGACAAGCAAAAAUGAGUUCUACAAACAGCCAAUUUUCUACAUCAUUGGCCAUUUCUCAAGAUUUAUUGUCGAAGAUUCCAUUCGAAUUGACGUUCGGAGUUCACACAAUAGCGUACAAACUGUGGGUUAUCAACGACCAGAUAAUUCAAUUGCUGUAGUAAUUUUUAACCGAUCUUCGCUGAAAGCUGACAUUAAACUGAGAGACGGAAGCAUUAAUAUAAAAUUGUCGUUACCACCUAGAUCCAUUCAUACGCUGGUGUAUUUUUAGUCGAAACAAUGAAUAAAGUCAAUC